AUGGCCAGUAGCGACAGCGUCGAGCAGCAGCGCCCAAACGAAGAGGAGAUCCUGGAGUCGGUGUUCAGCGUCUUGGUGGCGCCUCCCCCUUCUGCUCCGAGCAGUGAGACGGUCCGUCUCGAGAGCGUGAGCCCCGCGGACACGGUGGUGACUCUGCGGCAGCUCCUUGCCGAGUUCCCAGCGCUCACGUGCUACACGUGCUACCACCUGGAGGCCAAGAGUCUCACGGACGACACGUGGCAACCGCUGAACGAUUACGUCGAGCUGGGGGACUACGAGACCGUGACGGACGGCGUCACGCUGCGGAUCGUUCUGGAUAAGUAUGACGCCCGCAAGGUGCGCGCACACGUGCGUCGCUUCCGUGAAGUGCUGACCAAUCCGCCCAUUCCCCCGCUGGCCAUUGAGCCGGAGUCUCCGUCCGACGCUGUUGUGAGCAAGGACAAAGAGCCGACAGCGACGGAGGGAGAGGAGAUGCAGGACAAGAAGCUCAAGGAGGUCUCGGAACAGCAGCUGAAGCGACUGAGGGAGAUCCACUAUAAGCUGGAGGGCAUUGAAGUGCCUGUUGUGCCGGAUCUUGCUGACUUCUACUCCUUUCCUGGAGCUUCUCCUGCUGCUCAGGAAGAGGCGGAGCAGGUGGAGAGCGCUACCAAAGGGAAAGACCAGAAAAAGAAAAAGAAGAAGGGAAAGAAAAACUCGCAGCAGCACAAGGAGCAGCAGCAGCUGAUUGAAGCCGACGAGCAGAAGAAACAGGAGCAGUCGGUGAAUGCCAAGCUCCCUGUUUGUCUUAAAAGCAUCGUCUUUUCGGGCUACAACCCGCCUCCAGGGCCACGCAAACUGGCAGGUGACUUGAUGUAUCUGGAGGUGGUUGUUGCUGGUGAAAACACGCCUUACCACAUUACGGCGCAUGUCGACGGCUUCUUCAUGAACCGUUCCACAGCCAUCGAGUUUGACCCUCGCCCAGAUACGACAGAUGCGGGCUACACGCAUCUGUUGGUAGAUCUGCUGAGCUCGGUGUCAUCGAAGUUUAGGGACUCAUAUGCUGCCCUCCUGGCCAAGGUUGCUUCUCUGGCUGAGGAAGGUCCUUCAUCGAUCGAGUGGAUGGUGGCUGCUGGUUCUUACGUGGGUGUCAAGCUGCCGUGGAACGCUCCUGCUGGUAUCACAACGGAGAAACACGCGUACGACCUCAACCGUGCUGAAGAUGAGUUGUGCGCAUCGUACGGAAUGGAUGAACGUGGUGUUUUACGUGAUUGGAAUGAGGAGUAUCAGUGCUGCCGCGAGUUGCCGACGGAAUCGCUCAAGGACGAGAUCGUCCGUGCUCGCGUCAUGUACAAGAUUGUGACCGAGUUUGUAGAAGCUGCGACGUCCGGCGCGGUUGCCAUCGUUGAGGGAAACAUCCCUCCUAUCAAUCCGAUGGACGACGAGAGCACGCACGUCUACGUGUUCAACAACAUUUUUUUCUCAGUGUCAAACGACGGAAAGCCGAUCAAAGAUGCCGCUCAAGGUGACGAGAAUGCCUACUCGGCUGCCAACCGUGACCUGGUGGGCGUGAAGGCAUUUAAUGAAGUGGAUGUACGCGGUCUGCAUACUUUGGCUACAACGGUCGUAGAUUACCUUGGUGUGCGCGUCAUUGCUCAAAGUCUUAUCCCGGGCAUCCUUAUAGGAGACUCUGCCUCUAAACUCGUGUAUGGAUCUGUGGAUCACGGAAAAACUAUUGCCGCCAACAGCAAGAUGCACGCGUUGAUGCUCGAGGCAGGAUCAAAGCUGCACAUCGCGGAACGGACUAUUAAGCCUCUUGGAAAAAGCGAAAAGGAUAUGGCUGCAGAGGAAGAGCAGAAGGCUCUUGGUGUUGCGCCCGAAAGCGGUGAAGCAACCACUGAUCCGGCAACCAUCUGUGGCGCGGUCGAGGCCAAGGGAAUUCAAGGCUCUGACGGCCGUCUGUAUGUUCUGGAUCUGGUCCGCAUCACCCCGAAGGACUGGACGUUUUACAAAAGCCGUCAUGCUGUGGAGAACACAGAAGAGGAGAAAACUAUCGCGCCCAAAGUAGACGGGCUAGGCAUCACGCGUACCGAUGUGGGCUACGUGGCUCUGCUACGUCCGGAAUUGGUCCAGCUGUAUUCAUUGUGGAAGCAGAAUCAGGCCCGCCGCGCCGCUAGCGAGGCUCGCAAGGUGGCAAACGAAGCCAAGGAGGCGGAAAAAGAAAACAGUGGUGAUACUGGUGUUGAGAACAUAGACGACGCUGCGCUUGAAAAGAAGGACGAGACUGUGUCGGAAAAGAAGAACGACCCUGUUUCGGAGAUAAAGGAAGAAUCUGUACCGGAGAAGAAGAUCGACUCGGUGCCGGAGAAGGAGAACACAAAGAAGAGUGAGCUGAAAAAGGAGAAUGAGGACGACAUUCCCCCGGUGCUGUUAAACCCGAACGUCUUCAUGGAAUAUGCGGCUUCAUUGGAUCCGGAGCAGCUAAAAGCUGAUGAGGCGGCUGCGAAAGAUGCCGCUGAGUACCUGCAAAAGAUUGUUAUACCUGCUUUUGUGGCCGACGUGCGACGUGGAGCAAUCGCCCCCGCCGAUGGGUACGCUCUCACGCAGUUGAUGCACUCUUGCGGUAUCAAUAUGCGCUACCUUGGCCGUCUGGCAUCGCUUGCCAAGAAGCUUGAGGCUAUUGGUGGUAUUUCCAAGUACAUGCUCGAGAUGCUCGAGGUGGAAAUGAUCUCGCGCGUAGCCAAGCACGUUUUAGCUGACGUCUUCAACUCUGACAACUCCAUCCGCGCUGCCCCUGGGUCUGCGAUUGUGAACCUAUUAAAUGGCAUUCUUGGAUCGAUUUCACAAAAGACGAACAGCUUGGACACAAGCGUUAACGGUGAUGCUACGGUUGCAACUGCUUUAUCGGAUCCGAUGACUCUUUGGACGCGCAUUGGCAAGGAGAUCAAGACUCGGUUUGACUACGAGCUGGCUCUUUGGGGUCCCGGCAACAACGAGUCUGGUGGCGAUGAUAUUGCUUUUCCCGCCGGCCGUGUGAACAAGAUGGUCAUGAUGCGACGUUUGUGUCAGCGUCUAGGCCUGCGGGUAGAAAGCCGUAACUACAACUUUUCGUCUUCGUCGCCUGUCAGCCUGGACGACAUGGCUGGCGUUGUACCUGUCGUGAAGACUUCGCUACCAGCUCACCCAUUGCCACAAGCUAAGCAGCUCAUAGAGCGUGGACGCUUGCACUUGAGUCAGGGUGCACUUUCUAGUGCCUACGAGUUUCUUCAAGAAGCGUCAUCGCUGCUAUUCCAAGUGUGCGGCGCAGCCCACGAAGAUGCAGCUCUUUGCAGCUCAUCGCUCGCUACCGUUCUCUACCACGCUGGCGACGUGGCUGGUGCCAUCGCGCAGCAACAGCGAGCACUAGCUCUGUAUACACAACUUCAGGGUAUUGACUACCAUGACACGGCGUACGCGCACGCGAACUUAGCGCUGUUUCUGCACGCAAACGCUCAAACAGAUCUAGCGGUGCCGCACAUCCGUCGCGCAAUUUACUUGCUAGAGUUCUGCUGCGGUCCCCACUUUCCCGAAAUUAGCUCGCUUUACUUCAAGAUGGGUAUGAUGUGCCAAGAUGUUGGGCAGAUUUCGCUGGCAUUGAUGUGCCACCGCGAGUCACUUCGCCGCGGUGAGUUCGAUCGCAACCAAGCGGCUAACACGCUUCACCAAAUGGCUCUGGCGUGUAGCCUGGCUGGUGGUUACCGCGAGGCGCUUGCGUACGAGAAAAAAGUGUAUUCGCUCUUCAAAGAGGCGUUCGGUGAUGAGGAUUCGCGUGUUGUCGAGUCAGCCAAGUUUAUGGCCAAGUUCACGGAGAAGGCUGUGGAGGGUGCUAGAGGCCGCCGGGAAGUGGAUGCAGCUGCAGCAGCUGAUGCCGUGGCCAACCAACUGCUCGGGGAGUUUGAGAUUAAGACAGAGGCUGAUCAAGACAGCGGACCAGUGUCUGCGCCCAAAAAGAAAACAAGGAAGCCUAAGAACGCAGGCAAAAAGCACUAG